AUGGAAAUACUCAUGACUAGGGCUGAUUUGGAUGAGGAUAGAGAAGCUACCAUGGCACGAUUCAUUGGUGGGCUUAAUAAGGAGAUUGCUGAUAGGGUAGAGUUGCAAUAUUAUAUGGAGCUUGAGGAGUUAGUUCACCUUGCAAUUAAGGUGGAAAAGCAACUAAAACCUAGAGGGACAACAAGGUUUGAAUAUAAGGGCACUUCGAGUGGGAGGCCACAUUGGUCUAAUUCUUGGAAAGGAGGUAAGAAAGGUGAUGAUAAGGUUAUUCCCAAUGACAACAAAGGGAAAAGCAUUUCAGGCAACAAAGACACAUCUAAACCCGAAAUUAACAAAGAAAAGAAUAAAAACAUCAAGUGUUUCAAAUGCUUGGGGCGUGGCCAUAUUGCUUCACAAUGUCCAAACAAGCGGGCAAUGGUGGCUAGAGACCAUGGGGAGAUUGAAACAGCAAGUGAAGAGAGUGAUAAUGAUGAUGAGAUACCACAAUUGGAAGACGGCAGCGAUGAUUGCAUUGAGGGUCCUAUGGGAGGUGAGCUCUUAGUGGCUAGGCGCACACUAAGUGUUCAAAUGAAGGAAGAUGAUACAUUGGAGCAGCAAAGAGACAACAUUUUUCACACAAGAUGCCAUGUACAAGAUGAGGCGCUAUGUGAUGUAGUGCCAAUGCAUGUUGGCCAUAUCUUGUUAGGUAGGCCAUGGGAAUUUGAUACAAGGGCCUUCCAUGAUGGCUUUCUAAAUAGGUACUCAUUUGUGAAGGAUGGGAGAAAAGUUACUUUGACACCUCUUUCUCCUAAGGAAGUGUAUGAUGACCAAUGUAAGUUGGAAAGAGAGAGGCGUGAGGCUAAAAAUAACAAAAAGGAGCAUGAAAACCCAAAUGGUGAGAUUCAGCCUAAAGAGAAAACAAAGGCAAAGGGUAGUUUUUUGGCUAGGGAAAGUGAAAAUUUCGAUGCCUUUCCCGAGGAAAUGCCAAGUGGAUUACCUCCUCAAAGAGAGAUAGAACAUCAAAUAGACUUCAUACCUAGGGCUUCCAUACCAAAUAGACCAGCCUAUAGAAGUAAUCCAGAGGAGAUAAAGGAGCUUCAAAGGCAAGUGGAAGAACUGAUGUCAAAAGGGUAUGUGCGUGAGAGCUUAAGUCCUUGUGCGGUUCCAGUGAUUUUGGUUCCAAAAAAGGAUGGCACAUGGAGAAUGUGUGUAGACUGUCGUGCAAUCAAUAAAAUAACGAUUGAUUUGCGUUCUAGUUAUUAUCAAAUUCGCAUGAAAACUGGUGAUGAGUGGAAAACGGCUUUUAAGACUAAGUAUGGUCUUUAUAAGUGUUCAAAGGGGCCCGAGGUUGAUGUGGAGAAAGUGGAAGCAAUUAGGGAGUGGCCAACACCUAAAAACAUUAGCCAAAAAAAUGUUGGGUUUACUUGGGGUGAUGCACAAGAACAUGCUUUUAAUAUGCUUAAAGAUAAGUUGUGUGUUGCUCCUUUGUUGGUUUUACCUAACUUUGACAAAACCUUUGAGAUUGAGUGUGAUGCUAGUGGCAUUGGGACUGGGGCUGUUUCGAUGCAAGAGGGCAGACCUAUAUGCUAUUUUAGUGAAAAACUAAAUGGAGCGUACCCUUGA